UCACUCCCAAGUACUACAACCUCUGGACCUCUCACCUAGCGCACAUCCAUGGCGUGCUUCCUCGUCGCCCUCCUCGCCACCACCCUGGUCGCGGUUCAGGCUGGAGGGCAGCUGGGCCACGCGGCGCCGGCGACGGCGGAGGUGUUCUGGCGCGCCGUGCUGCCACACUCGCCAUUGCCCGACGCCGUUCUCCGCCUUCUCAAACAACCCGCAGCAGGUGUUGAACUGCUCACAGAAGCCACCAGCUUCGUGAGGGAUGCCGAGGACAGGCCCCCCUUCGACUACCGUGAUUACAGCCGCUCGCCGCCCGAUGAUGAACCGAGCAAGAGCGCCGGCGCCGCCUCCGGGGCGCGGGACUUCGACUACGACGACUACAGCGGGGGCGACAAGCUCCGUGGCGCCGCCUCCGGGGCGCGGGACUUCGACUACGACGACUACAGCGGGGCCGACAAGCUCCGUGGCGCCACCGAUGAAUACAAGGCGCCGAGCAGCAGCCUCGCUGGAAACGGGGCGUCCAUGGCUAGGGGCGGCAAGGCGGAGACGACGACGGUGUUCUUUCACGAGGAGGCGGUGCGCGUCGGCAAGAGGCUCCCAUUCCGCUUCCCGCCGGCGACUCCCGCCGCGCUCGGUUUCCUGCCGCGCCAGGUCGCCGACUCCGUCCCGUUCACGACGGCCGCGCUGCCUGGCGUCCUCGCGACGUUCGGCGUCGCGUCCGACUCCGCCACGGUGGCCAGCAUGGAGGCGACGCUGCGCGCCUGCGAGUCGCCGACCAUCGCCGGGGAGUCCAAGUUCUGCGCGACCUCGCUGGAGGCCCUGGUGGAGCGCGCCAUGGAAGUGCUGGGGACCCGCGACAUCAGGCCGGUGACGUCGACGCUGCCCCGCGCCGGCGCCCCGCUGCAGACGUACACCGUCCGCUCCGUGCGGCCGGUGGAGGGGGGGCCUGUCUUCGUGGCGUGCCACGACGAGGCCUACCCGUACACCGUGUACCGGUGCCACACCACUGGCCCGUCCAGGGCGUACAUGGUGGACAUGGAGGGCGCGCGCGGCGGCGACGCGGUGACCAUCGCCACCGUGUGCCACACCGACACGUCCCUGUGGAACCCGGAGCACGUCUCCUUCAAGCUCCUCGGCACCAAGCCCGGCGGCACGCCGGUCUGCCACCUCAUGCCGUACGGGCACAUAAUCUGGGCCAAGAACGUGAAUCGCUCGCCGGCGUGAGCGGCCCGGGCAGCUCUGUGGUCUCGCCGGAACUAAGAUCGAUGUACUACUACUACUAUCUGUUUCCACCUACGUCUUCUGUUGUUCAGACCACCAGAUGGUCACCAGAGCAGCGCUUGUAAUAAAAGAACAGCUUCUGCAGAGCUGUGUUUAUUUACAUUACAUUUGCAAUUCGUAUUCAA